ACCGGAAGUGCUGAGUUUAAGCGGCUCCCUGGCUAGCAGGAGUGUAGCAGGAUAGCGGCAGGCGGCGAAGGCAGCUUGGCGGUCGCUGGAGUGUUUCUGUUCUCCCAGCUGCGCAGGAUUUAACCACCACCAUGUCGAGCAAAAGGGCAAAGACCAAGACCACCAAGAAGCGCCCCCAGCGCGCAACAUCCAACGUGUUUGCCAUGUUUGACCAGUCCCAGAUUCAGGAGUUCAAAGAGGCCUUCAACAUGAUUGAUCAGAAUAGAGAUGGCUUCAUCGACAAGGAGGAUUUGCAUGAUAUGCUGGCCUCCCUGGGGAAAAAUCCAACUGAUGAGUAUCUGGACGCCAUGAUGAAUGAGGCUCCGGGCCCCAUCAAUUUCACCAUGUUCCUCACCAUGUUUGGGGAGAAGCUGAAUGGGACGGACCCAGAAGAUGUCAUCAGAAAUGCGUUUGCUUGCUUUGAUGAAGAAGCAACUGGCACCAUUCAGGAAGAUUACCUGAGAGAGCUGCUGACAACCAUGGGAGAUCGGUUCACGGAUGAGGAAGUGGAUGAGCUCUACAGAGAAGCCCCUAUUGACAAAAAGGGGAAUUUCAAUUACAUUGAGUUCACGCGCAUCCUUAAACACGGAGCAAAAGACAAGGAUGACUGAACGAACUUCAAAUUCCGGCCAAAUGUUCCUUGUUGCCACUUUGAGUAUUUCUGAGACUUUCUUUCUCUUAGAGCCUGUUGCAUGCCCUUAGCUUUACAGCUUUCGCCUUUUUGUUGUAUUUAUUCUCAGCCAUUUUGGGCGCAUACAUCUCUAUAAUCAGACUGGAAAUGGGACUUUAAGUUGAAGUAAAAUAGAACCGGGAGAAAGAUCAUUGCCUUAUCACAGCCUAUGGAAAAUAUUCUCUCAUUUUUCUGAUUUACUGGAUUUUUACAUUUUUUGGUAAUAAAAACUUCAAAGUAAA